UUCCGGUAGAUGUUUUUAAAGUUUUGAAUACAUGCAGACAUAACAUAAAAAAUGUGACACAUAAAAAAUGGAGGAGAAAGUGUCAAUUUGAAGGUGUUUGUGGGAGACACCACAUUUCCGUGACAACACGAUGUCGGUACACGACUGAUUUCUCGUGAGAAGAUGGGUGAAGACUUCAGUGAACGACAGGAAGAUGAACUUCAAGUGCUGCAAGCUAUUUACAUGGACGAUGUGGAGGAUCUCCGAACACAAGAUGUAUGGCAAGUGAAGCAGGCCCUAAGGGUGAAAUUGAAGCUGACACCUCAACAGAGUUGUGGAACCCAUGGAGUGGUCCAUACCAGACUGGACAUGGUGGUCAAAUGUCCACCAAGAUAUCCGGAAGAGGUUCCAGAGAUUGCCUUUGAAAAUUAUAAAGGGCUAUCUAAUAAGGAACUGGAUGAAUUGAAGGGAGAAGUGGGCGAGUUAGCCAACAGCUUAAAAGGAGAAGUGAUGUUACUCGAACUGGCCCAGACUGUCCAACAGUACUUACACACACACAAUCGACCCCCAGCAAAAUCUUUCUAUGAAGAAAUGAUGUCGAACAAACGGGAGCAGGAGGAAAAGCUUGCUCAGGAGCACCAGAAACAACUAGAACUGCUGAAAAAGAAAGAGGAGAAACAGCGCCAGCUUUUGGAGGAUGAGAUAGAGCGCAGAAAAGCAGCCCUGAGGGUGGAAACACGGAAAGUCAAGUCAGAGAUUCAUCAGGAAAAUGAUUCAUCAGCCAGCUCGGAGCCAUCCACACCAUCCACUGAUGUCAUUAGUUGCUCCCCUAUUGGGACUCCUGGAACUCCCCGUCGUAAACCCUGGGCGUCAGUAUCGCCUUCACCUCUCAUCGUACUCAGCACUCAGGAUACAAACGGUGAUCAAAAACCUCGUCGACAAAGACGUACUAGUACUCCACAUCGUAACUCUGGUGGCGAUAGUUCUGACCCUCACUGUAAGGAUCAUGUCGGUGGUGUUGUGGUACUGGCCUUCAACACAAAGACUGACCGCACCAUCAACCGAGGGAAGUGUCUGGGCCAUAGCAACAAUGGUAGUGCGGUGUAUGCUGGCAUAGAUACACAAACUGGUGACCUGGUGGCCGUUGUGGAGUGGGUCCUUAAGUGGCACAACAGUGGCCGCCGCAAACUGACCACCACCAAGGAUGAGGACAAGGACAUCAGUCAUUACACGAAACAGGUGAUGAGCAUAGAACAGGAAGUGAACUCGCUCAUCCAUCUACACCACCCGAAUCUCAUCCACUAUCUGUCAUUCAAGUACCAGAAGGAGGCUGACAAGAUUACAGUUUAUGUGUUGAUGGAGUUCUGUUCUGGAUUGAGUAUGGACAUGUUUACAAAGAAGAACCAGCCAGUGGCCAUUGACUUAGUCAAACAUUACGCUGAGGACCUCCUGCAUGCCCUGGAGUAUAUACAUAGCAAAGAUGUGGUGCAUAAGAAUCUCAGGCCAUCCAGUGUAUUCAUUGACCAGUCCGGUAAAGUACGCCUCUCAGACUACAGUCUGGACAGGAGACUGACCGACCUCUUCCUAAUGGUGGAAGCCAGUCGACCUGGUGUCCAUUUUACUGACCACAGGCCACUCCCUGCUGGUAGAGGUGGAAAGAAGGGUGAUGUUUUUCAACUGGGGUUGAUGCUGCUGUCCAUUGGCAAUGGAGAAGAGGUAACGACAACAACACCAGACAUACCCACCAUCUUCCCAGUAGACUUCCAGGAUUUCCUGACAAAAUGCCUGUUGAAAGAUGACCGGCACCGCUGGGCAGUGCAUGAGUUACUAGAACAUCCCUUCAUUAAGUCAUCCAUCCCACUGACCGUCCACUACACACAGGUCAAACCUCUGGACAAACCUCCAACAUCAGGGCGUGGAGAGACAGAGUGUGAGAAUAAUCAGAAAGAGGAGGAGGAGGAGGAGGAGGAAGAGGAGGAAGAACAGCCGUUUAUUACAGCUUUUGAAGCAAGUGGCCAUUCUCGACUGACAAAUGAAUUUGAGAUCCUAAAAUCUCUAGGCAAGGGUGGCUUUGGCGACGUGUUGAAGGUGAAGAAUAAGCUAGAUGCACGGAUGUAUGCCAUCAAAAGAAUUCCACUUAAUCCUCGUAGCAAACUUUUUAAUAAGAAGAUUACAAGGGAGGUCAAACUGCUGUCUCGUCUCAAUCACGAAAAUGUUGUCAGGUACUACAACUCCUGGAUAGAAACCAGCGAGGAUCCUGCAGAAAGUGACUCUUCUUGGAGUUCUUCCAAUACGCCCCAGUCUCCUGUUGCCAAAGUGACUACCACACAGCCCUCACCGUUUUUUCACAACACAUUAAACAUGACUGAUGAUUUGGAGAAGUUAGUACCUAAGGCAGUACCGGCAGAGGAGUCGAUAGAAUGGAGUGUAUCGUAUGAUGUCGGAGGAACGAAUACGCAAGAGUCAGACUCGGAGGAUGAAGAGGAUGUGUUUGGUGCAUCCUUCUUGCCAAAGUCUGACUCAUCAGAAGACAUUGUGUUUGAACACAGCCUGGAGAACUUAUUUGGGGAGGAAGGCACCACCAGCUAUGAGCCCACUAUGUCCUCCAAUAAGAAAAGUCAGGAUACUGACAAGAAAGGGGAGACAACUGACAGUGAGGAUAUGUCAUUGAUACCACGCCUACAGUAUUUAUACAUACAGAUGGAGUACUGUGAGAAGAGUACCCUAAGGAACUGUAUUGAUGCGGGGCUGUACCAGGACCAGAACCGUCUGUGGAGAUUCUUCAGGGAGAUCAUCGAAGGCAUCCAGCAUUUCCACCAACAGGGCAUGAUUCACCGUGACCUCAAACCUGUCAAUAUCUUCCUCGACUCCAACGACCAUGUUAAGAUCGGCGACUUUGGACUGGCAACUACCAACAUCAUACUCAAGCAACAGAGUGCCAUGAUGGACGUGUCUUUGCUGACUAACAGCCUAGUGACUGAAAACCAAUACAGUUCACAGUCCGGCAGCAUGGGCGAUGGUCACCUGACUGGCAAGGUGGGCACGGCCCUGUACGUCAGCCCCGAGAUGAUGACGGGGGAGAGCAAGAUCAUCUACAGCCAGAAAGUGGACAUGUACAGUAUGGGGAUUAUCUUCUUUGAGAUGUGUUACAAAGCCCUCCCCACCGGGAUGGAGAGGGUCAAAAUCCUCAGUAACCUACGACUCCCAGAAGUCAAACUUCCUGACGACUAUGAUCAGAGCAAUUUUGAAAAUCAGACCAAUAUUAUUAGAUGGUUGUUGAAUCACGACCCUAGCAAACGACCAACAUCCACUGAGCUGUUACAAUCACCAUUCCUCCCCCCUCCGCAGCUGGAGGAAGCAGAACUUAACGAGGUGUUGAGGUCAACCAUAUCAAACACCAAUAGCAAGGCAUAUCGUCGUAUGAUAGGAGCACUUUUUUCACAAACUAUCAACUCGGCUGUCGAUGUUCUCUAUGACACAGACUACCAUAAGGUCGCUCUGGGCCUGAAGACCACCCUGAUCCAGCAGCUUGUUAGGGAGACACUGACACGACUGUUUCAGAAGCAUGGAGCGGUACAGCUCACCACUCCACUACUCAUGCCCAAGUGUGGUGUUUAUGGGGUUAACGACGCAUACACCUGUCUCAUUGACCACGGUGGUCAGCCGGUUGCUCUACCAUUUGAUCUCAGGGUGCCAUUUGCACGAUACAUUGCGCGAGGAGGGGUACAGCACCUGAAACGUUUCUGUAUUGACCGUGUUUACCGAGAGAAGAUGCACAAUAUCCAACAUCCAAGGGAGAUAACUGAGUGUGUAUUCGACAUUGUGACUCACAACCAGGGAAAUUUGAUUCCUGAUGCUGAGCUUCUGAUUAUGGUCCAAGAUGUCAUCAAUGAGUUUCCAGUUCUGCAGGCAAGAAACUACUAUGUGAGGAUGAACCAUGUGUCCAUUCUACAUGCAAUCCUGUCUCACAACGGUGUACCGGACGACCUCAAAGACGAGACCCUGCGUGUCCUAACUGGGGUCAAGAUUGAGAGCCAAAACAAGUCACACAUCAAGGCACUGACCAACCUUGGUCUGAGUGAGUCGGUGACCAGUAGUGUCCUGAGUGCCCUGGAGAUGGAGGGGCCAUACAAGAAAGUGUCCAGCUAUCUCCGCAUCAUCACCAAGACCAAGGGGCAGGCAGCCACUUUAGCCAAACAGGGUAUCCAUGAAGUGGAGGUGGUGAUGGGCCAUGCAGAGGCCAUGGGGCUCAAACUACCGAUAGUGUUCAGUCUAGGAUGUAUCUACAAUACACAGCAGUACUCCGGUGUGAUAUUCCAAAUCGUGUUUGACUCUAAGAGGAAGAAGCGAACUAUCCCAGAACUCAUAGCAGCAGGAGGCCGAUAUAAUGGUUUGGUAAAGAAGUUCCAGUCUCCUCUGUCUUUGAGCUCCACACCGACAGGUCACUCUGCUGUUGGGGUCAGCCUCGCCUUUGAGAAAAUUGUUACAGCAGUCGGAGAGAACAAGGAGUUUCAUCCACCUGGUCCAUUUGAUGUCCUUGUGUGUACAAUUGGCUACAAUCCCAUGCUGAAGGAGAGGAUGGGUGUGGUCAGGGACCUCUGGGGGGCGGGACUGAGGGCGGAUAUACUACUGGACACACUACAGAGUUUAGAGGAUAUCCAGGAGUACUGUCGGACAGUAGGAAUCACAUAUCUAGUCAUCCUGAAGGACUCCGACACGGGCUGUGUCAGGGUACGAUCAAUUGAACGAGAAAGAGUGACAGAAAAGAAAAUCAACAUUCCUGAUUUACCAGAUUACCUCCAGCCAAAGAACCAGACUUCUAAAGUAGAUCAAAAUGAAAUGCAGCAAAAUCCAAGUGGAAAAAGUUCAUCUGCCAUUUAUCAGCCUCAUUCUGAAUACAGUCAAUUAUCUUCCAACUUUACAUUAAAUUUCUCAUUUAUAAUGAUGGAGGGUGGACGUUUGGCUGCUAACUUCAGACGGAAAUUGGAGUCUCAGAUUUUCAGUAAAGUGUCCUCCAGUCUCUCCUGGGUGCAGACCAAGUCUUUCGAGGUGGUGUGUGUCGAGUUAAAUGCAGCAGUAUUAAAAGUUAUAGCAGCAUUCCUAGAUUUGGACAACUCAGAAAAAGAUUAUGAAGAUAGUGUAGCGGUAGUGAUGGAAAAGUUACAAAAACACAAAAAAUACCUCAUCAAAAUAACGGACCAAAUUUUCCAACUUAAGUUUGAUAGAAAGUGCAGUUUUGUGGUUCUGUAUGGGAGUAAGGAUGAUAGUCUAAGACUGCUUUAUAUGUGAUGUUAUUGGUGAAAAGAGAGAAGCAUCAUUAUCAUGUGAUCAGUGUCAUGUGACAAGAUUCAUCAUUAUCAUGUGAUCAGUGUCAUGUGACGAGAUUCAUCAUUAUCAUGUGAUCAUUAUCAUGUGAUCAGUGUCAUGUGAUGAUAUUCAUCAUGACCUUGUGAUGUUGAUAAUCAUUUCUCAUUGUGAAUGUGCUUGUGAUUGGAAGGUUUAUAUAAGGGAAGUAUAUUUAUUUUUAUUAUGCCUGUUCUACAGAUGUGUUGUAUACAUGAAAGAUCUAUUUUAAACUGUAUGUCUGAAACGUGAGGUUGUCUGCGUUGUACGUGAUUCCUGCUAGAUCUGCAAGGCUGCUGUAUGAUAGACCGAUUCAUAAUAACCAUUGUGCUAACAUGACGAAGCAUGAUGGGAUGUUGAAAUGGAUGCCUGCCAUGUUGCUUCCACUGAACUUUAAUAAUAACUGUUGUAAUGAACAAAUCAUUGGACUAAGAACAUCAUCAGAACAUUUAUCCUCAGCUGGGUGAAUGAGGCACUCAUCUGAAAUGCCACAAGAUGAUUGACACAAAUAUAAUGGCUCCCUAGCUUUGGUAGUCACCUUAUUUUAAUUGGCUGUUGCCGCUUGCCACCUUUAGAUAUUACUGUCACAAAAAGCUGACAUUCUGUUAUACUAUAAGUACAUAGUCCUCAGUCUAAAAAGUCACUCAUAUCCAUUUACCAUUGUGUGACAUUGUGUUUUGUUCUGUGUUAUGCUGUCAAUGUGAUUCAGGAUGUUGAUACAAUUCCAACACCUUUAUUUACAAUGUGUUUAGGUCUGUAAGACCAACUCUAAUUGUGUACCAUACAGUAUCAGUGGGUUGUCUGUCUAUAGGUUGUAGAGAUAAUCUACACUGUCCAACAUUUGAGAUCAAGAAUGUUUUAAUCAUUGUAUUCAAACUUGGAAUUUUACUUUCAAGCAAAUUUCUCAACCUUGAGCAAAGAUUAACAAUAAUGUUUAUAUAUCGACAUACGUGUAUUUAAGUGUUAUCUUUGAAUUUCUUUUAUAGGUUUGCCUCAUGUUAAAAUCAAAGCCUUAAUUUUACUGCUAAGAUUUUACAUUCUUGUGCUUUUGACUGAUUUAUGUUGAUAACUGUUGGCUGCUGUUCUCUGGUAACAGUGACAACUGGUGAUUUGUGGUAAUUUAUAGUGAAACCAAAAUGACUGUUGCUGACUAUGCUGACUUGUCUCCCUCUUGCGACUCUGGUGACCUCGAGUGAUGUUACGCGACUCCAGAUUAUAAUAGGUGACCUCUAGUGAUGUAAGGUGACUCCUCAUUACAAUAGGUGACCUCUAGUGAUGUAAGGUGACUCCUCAUUACAAUAGGUGACCUCUAGUGAUGUAAGGUGUCUCCUGAUUACAAUAGGUGACCUCGAGUGAUGUUACGCGACUCCAGAUUAUAAUAGGUGACCUCUAGUGAUGUAAGGUGACUCCUCAUUACAAUAGGUGACCUCUAGUGAUGUAAGGUGACUCCUCAUUACAAUAGGUGACCUCUAGUGAUGUUAGGUGACUCCUGAUUACAAUAGGUGACCUCUAGUGAUGUAAGGUGACUCCUCAUUACAAUAGGUGACCUCUAGUGAUGUUAGGUGACUCCUCAUUACAAUAGGUGACCUCUAGUGAUGUUAGGUGACUCCAGAUUACAAUAGGUGACCUCUAGUGAUGUUACGCAACUCCAGAUUACAACAGGUGACCUCUAGUGA